UGGUGCAGUAGGCAAGGCAAGAGCCUGGAAGCCGGACGGGUUUGCGAGGCGUUGGCUGUGUGUGUGCAAAGAAGGCAAUGGGCAAGAACAAGGCAAAAAGUCAGAAGCCAAUGAAUGUAUUCCAUGUGGCCAACAAGAAAAUAGCGAAGGUUAAAAGGAAAGCAAAGCCAGUGACGACAAAUCUAAAAAAGAUUAAUAUUGUGAACGAUGAAAAGGUUAACAUGGUGAAUAAGGUAUUUACAGAAGUACAGAAAGAAGUUAAGCAAUUGUCCAAAGCCAUUUCAUCAGACUCUCCAAAGAGCUUUCAGAUUCCAAAAGCUAUGGAAGGUGAACCAGCCAACGUAGAUGCUGCUGCUGACUUGCUGUCACAAUUGUAGUACCAAAUAGUAUGAAGUGGAAGGGACAGCUCACAACCAGCUUAUAUAAUUUGGAAAAAGCAACUGAAACGCCUCUGAUGGAAUCAAAAAGACAUGAGAUGCGAUAGUCUUCAGGCAAGAGCAGAGAUGUUGCACGAGUUAUUUAAGAUGAAGACUCCCAUCCAUAUGGUGCACAUAUAGAAGGGGGCCAAGUCAUUUUUCUGAACAGGUGGGCUAAUAUUGUGGGACUCUGAAACAGCAAGUGCACUGAAGUGAAACAACCAUUUUAAAAUAAGCAUAUCAACCACAAUUAUAAAAUUAAAAUUUCUUUGUUGACUUGUUAAUGGAAUGCAACAAGGUUACAAAGAAAGCAGUUGUUGAA